AUGUCGAAAGAGGAUGAAAGCAACAACAACUUGUACUUCCUAGCUUUAAGUAAAAACAAAGUAACUGUAUACGAAUAUAAUACUGCGUUGAGUAAGAACAUUAUAGAUGAUAUAAAUGAAGAAAUAAAAAAAGAUGGGGAAAUAAGAAAUAGCAAAGUUAAUGUAUUGCACGAGGAGGAUGAUGAUAAUAAUAAUAAUAGCUGCAGUAAUAACAACAACAGUAACCAUGGCAGUAACAACAAUGAUAACAACAGGAGUAAGCCUAGUGCUGGUAGGAAAAAUGAUAAAAGUGUAGAGGACAGGGAAAAGAACAAUUUGAAUGGUACUCCUAGUGAUAACCAGCUAAAAAAAUCGGUGAGCAAAUUUAAUGACUUUUUAAUUAAUAGAGGGAUAAAUAUAUAUAAAGAAUAUAAUGAUGUAGAGAUAGCUACAUGCACACAUGAUUAUAAAAAAAUAAUUCUUGUUAGAAAAUCUAAGCUCAAUGUAGCAGAAAUUAUUGAUAUGCAAAAUAAAGAUAAAGAAGUUAUUUAUAUAAAAACAAAAACGCAAAUAAAGAGAAUUGUAACGAGUCCAAGAGAUAACUACAUAGUCCUACAUUGUCAAUAUAAGCCUGAUGUUGUUAGUACCAAUUUGUAUGUGUAUAAAAUUAGCGGGAAAUUAGGAAAGAAGAAAAAGAAAAAGGACAAAAAGGACGAGAUGGGGGAGAACCACACGGAGCAGAGGGAGUGGAAUAAAAUCAUAGCCUCUAAUAGCGAAGGUCAAAUGAACAAGCGGGUUGGCGAUGGGAAAGGUGAAACUACUAACGCUGCUAACACGAAUCAGAAGACUAACUCACAUGAAAAUAACGAUAAUAAGGAAAAAAGUGAAAGCAUAUAUUAUAACGAAAUGCUAAUAUGCGAGCGUACAUUAAAAAGUUAUAGCAAUAAAAAUUGGCCUUUCUUUAAAUGGAAUGAGAGUGAAUCAGUUUGCGUUUGUUUAAAUAACAGUCAGAUAAAUAUUUAUAAAGAUAACAACUUAAGUGUACCUGCAGAUAAAUUAAAAUUAGAUAAUAUCGAAUAUUUUGAUUUAUCACCUGACCUUGUUAAUAAAAAGGGAAAUUUGUUAAUUACAUAUGAACAAGGAAGUAAAGGAAAUCCAUCCGUUUUUAAAAUUUUUAACAUGGAUAAUUUAAAUAAACAUAUUUACUCAAAAAAUUUUUUUAACUCUGAUGAAAUAAAAAUAAAAUGGAAUAAAAAUGGAACUUCCUUAUUAUUACAAAUACAUACACAAGUAGAUAAAGAGAAACAGUCCUACUACGGUUCGAGUAAUUUAUAUUUCAUAGACACAGUAACAUUAAAAGAUGUUAAUAUAAUGACGAAUAAAGGAUUAAUAUAUGAUACUAUAUGGUCAUAUAAUCAGAAUAAAUUUUAUGUAUGUAAAGGAGAAAUACCAGCAGAAAUUGUUGUACAUGAUAAGAAUGCAAAUGUAUCUUAUUCAUAUGGAAGACAUAAAUAUAAUACACUAAAAUUAAAUUGUAAUGAAAAAUUAUUAUUAACAGGAGGAUUUGGUAAUUUAAGUGGAGAUAUAUCUAUAUGGAAUACAUCAAAUAAAAAAGAAAUUACAAAGACAAAAUCAUCAUGUGCUGUUAUAUGUGAAUUUUUCAAUGAUGGAACACAUUUUAUAACUGCUACUACACAUCCAAGAUUAAGAGUUGAUAACAACAUAAAAAUUUAUAAAUAUAAUGGUUUAAUUGUCAGUCGAAUAAAUUUUGAAGAAUUAUAUAAUGUUAUAAUUUUACCAUUUAAUAAAAUUAAAUUUCAAGAAACGGAUGCUACUUUAGGUACUUAUGUUGAUAACUCACAUUUACAAUUUUAUAUUAAUAAACAGUUAGGUAUCGAUUCAAAAAAAACUGGUAUAUACAGAGCACCUAGAUCAACUGGUUUGAUUAGGUUAAAUGGAAAUUUAUCAUCGAAAAUAGAAAAGUCAAAAUCGAACUUACCUCCAGGGUGUAAUUUUGUUAUUGAAGAAAAAACAUAUAAAAAAAAAAAAAAAAAAAAAAAAACCCAAAGGAAAAAAAAAAGAGGGAGAAAUUUUAAUUUUUUUUGA